GGCCGCUUCGCGACCGUGGGCUUCACGAAGCAGUCCCAGCGCCAGAUCAAGGUCUGGGACGUGCGCGACCUGUCGAAGAUGGUGCACAAGGUCGACCUCGACCAGGCGGCGGGCGUCAUCGUGCCCUACUACGACUGCGACACGAAGGUGCUCUACCUGUGCGGCAAGGGCGACGGCAACAUCCGCUACUACGAGAUGUCCAAGGACAAGCCCUUCGCCUUCGCGCUGUCGGAGUACCGCUCGACGCAGGCGGCCAAGGGCUCCUGCUUCCUGCCGAAGCGCGGCCUCAACGUCAUGGCCUGCGAGACCGCGCGGUGCCUCAAGCUCACGUCGCAGAACGGCAACGGCAUCGUCGAGCCGCUGAGCUUCAUCGUGCCCCGCAAGUCCGACGCGUUCCAGGACGACAUCUUCCCGGACACCUUCUCCGGCCACCCGUCCUGCACGGCCGACGAGUGGCUCUCCGGCGUCACGAAGACGCCCCUCAUGAUGUCGCUC